UUAUAGUGUUAUAAAAAUAUACAAAUAUGGUGCGGAUUUAUAUAAAAGGAGGUGUUUGGUCCAACACUGAGGAUGAAAUCUUAAAAGCAGCUGUAAUGAAAUAUGGAAAGAAUCAGUGGAGUCGUAUUGCAUCACUUUUACACAAAAAGUCUGGGAAACAGUGCAAAGCAAGAUGGUAUGAAUGGAUUGAUCCAAGUAUUAAAAAGACUGAAUGGAGUCGCGAAGAAGAUGAGAAGUUGCUCCAUCUUGCUAAGCUCAUGCCCACACAAUGGAGAACUAUUGCUCCUUUGGUUGGAAGAACUGCAGCACAAUGUCUUGAAAGAUAUGAAUACUUACUAGAUCAAGCACAGCGCAAAGAGGGUGAAGGGUUGGAUGAGGAUCCAAGAAAAUUGAGACCGGGUGAAAUCGAUCCAGCUCCAGAAACGAAACCUGCACGACCUGAUCCAAUUGAUAUGGAUGAAGACGAAAUGGAAAUGUUAUCAGAAGCUAGAGCCAGGCUGGCAAACACACAGGGUAAGAAAGCAAAGAGAAAAGCAAGAGAGAAGCAACUAGAGGAAGCAAGAAGGUUGGCUUCAUUACAGAAGCGAAGAGAAUUAAAAGCUGCUGGAAUAGAAAUAAAACGUUAUCGUCGCAAACGGCGUGGUGUUGAUUACAACGCUGAAAUUCCUUUCGAACGAAAGCCAGCCAAAGGUUUUUAUGACACAAGUGAUGAGCAUAUCAAAGCACUGGAACCAAAUUAUAAAAAGUUGAGACAAGAACAUAUGGACGAUAAAAGAAGGGACAUUCAAGAGGAACGAGACAGAAGAAAGGAUAAAGACAAACAAAAGAAACGGAAAGAAAAUGAUUUACCUGGAGCUAUUCAAUCAAUAAACAAAAUGAUGAAUCAAGACGGUUCAAAAAAACGUAGCAAGCUUGUUUUACCUUCUCCUCAGAUUACUGAUGCAGAGCUAGAGGAGGUUGUGAAAUUGGGCAUUGCUAGUGAACAAACUAAAGCUUUUGUUGACAACGAAGAUGAGUCAGCAAGUAAAGGAUUGUUAUCUGACUAUUCAGUGACACCUGGUACAAACCUACCCAUGAGGACUCCAAGAACUCCUGCAAUGCAAGACAAUGUUUUACAGGAGGCACAAAAUAUUCUCAACUUGCAACAAGUAGACACCCCUCUGAAAGGUGGUAUAAAUACACCUAUGUACCAAAGUAAUUUUGAUGGUGCCACGCCCAAACAUCAUGUGCAACAAACACCAAACAUGAUGAUUGCAACCCCUUUUAGAACACCAGCAGUAGAAGGUCAAGCUGGUUUUACUCCAAAGGGGAUGACACCCCGUGUCGGCGGAGUUGGAGGAAUGACUCCAGGAACAGCUGUCAGAGACAGCUUGAGUAUUAACAGAGAAGAAGCCUUCCUUGACAACCAAGAAAACCAGAAGCAACAACAAAUGGAGUUGAAAAAUCAACUGUUAUCAGGACUACAAAACUUACCUAAACCUAGUAACGAUUUCGAGAUUGUAGUGCCAGACAAAUUUGAGAUCAACAUGGACGAACCUGUUGAUACGGAGUUUGUUGAAGAUGCUGAAGAUAUUGAAGCAAGAGCUGCUGAAAAGCAACGUGAAGAAGAGGCUGAAGAGUUUCGGCGACGUUCACAGUCGGUCCAGCGUGACAUGCCACGCCCCUCUGACGUCAAUACGACAGUACUAAGACCUCCAGAGAUGAAAAGAGAUCUCAAUGCUUAUCAAAUGGCGGAAGAACUUAUCAAAGCUGAAAUGAUUAAAAUGUUACGUCACGAUAUCGUCUCGCAUCCUACUAGCGAACAAAUGGUUGCUUUAAAUGGAAAGAAAACGCGUGCUCCAGCACUGUCAAAGGUAAACGAGAAUAAAAAAGCGCUAGAGGUUGAUGGCUUGGAUGACAUCAGCGAAGAUGAAAUGAAUAACGCAAGGGCGUUGCUGGACGAUGAGAUACAGAUAGUGAAGUCUGCUAUGGCGCACGGUGAUUUGGCGUUGGAAGUUUAUUCCAAAGUGUGGGAGGAAUGCUUUGGACAGCUAUUGUUUCUACCAAACCAACAACGUUACACUCGAGCAGCGUUGGCAAAUAAAAAAGAUCGUAUAGAAUCUUUAGAGAAACGUUUGGAGAUUAACCGUAACCACAUGACAGAAGACGCGAAACGAGCAGCUCGUCUCGAAAAGAAGCUUAAAGUGUUGCUAGGCGGUUACCAGUCUCGUGCUCUGGCGCUGAAUAAACAAAUAUCCGACUUACACGACCAACUUGAUCAAUGUCGAAUCGAGUCAGUAACAUUCGAUAUGUUACGGAAACAAGAAAAACAUGCGAUACCUCGACGAAUGGCGGCGUUAGAAGAAGACGUGUUAAAACAAACUGAACGCGAAAGAGCUUUACAACAUCGUUAUUCCGAUCUUUUAUACGAGAAAGAUAGGUUAGUACUUGCGAAGAAGAGGUAGUCGAAUGAGUUGUUAUCCGUGUCGAACUUGUUGAAAUCUGUUCUGCUUGCUGGAACUGGUAAAAUAGUUCCAAAGUGAACCUUAUGCCAAUCUAUUCCACGUUAUUCUCGAAUACACGAGGAAAGAUUCAAUGUACACUGUAAUUUUUAAAAACUUUUUUAUUGUGGAAAUUUAAUAUCUUGA